UCGAUUCCAUUGUUCAAAGACAGCUUUUCUAGAGAAUCUUUUAAUAUAUAUUAUUAAUUUCGUUAAAAGCUUUUCAAGGAAAGUUCUUUGAUAGAAAUUCAUUCAAUUUUAAUUUAUAUUUUUGCUGCGAAAAAGAUACACGUAUUAGGCUGGUGGUAUAUAAUACAAAGUGUAAUUGUUUAAGCAAAGCAAAAAACAAAACCUAAAAACCAUCAUUUAAUUUUAUACUUAAAUCUGAAACAAGCACAGAAUGGUUCACCUUCUGAUUGGUAAAUAUUUGAAUGAAGUGACAUUUACAACAGUACUGCUGUGUGUUGUAUCAUUGUAUGAGGGAGUGACAUCUGCGGUUGUUCCCGGUGAGAGGUAUCGUGGUCCCGUUGUUCGGGUGUUGGAGAUCAUUGGACAACAGCAGUGUGUCCGAGAAUGUAGACACAGACCCAAGCUAUGUCGGGGAGUCAACUACCGGAAACAGGAACUGUUGUGUGAACUCGUGUCGGCCAUCGACAAAACGGAAACCAAUCCCGACUAUGUUAGAAUUGAACUUAAUCAGACUGUAAAUGUACCAGAAAUGAACCAGGAAUGUCUGGCGUGCUCCUCAGACGAUCAGUGUGUGACACUGUCCAGUAGGAAAGUCCAUUGUGUUCGAGCUGUUUCCAACCUUGCGUUGCAUAAGCUUGCAAAACAAUCAUCGACGUUUACAUGGGCAGAAGCUGGACUGAACUACUCUGCCGAUUUGGCAGUUGAUGGCAACAACGGUACAGACUUUGUCGUAGACAAGUGUACCAGCACAGAGGGUGGAGACACGAAUCCCUGGUGGAGGGUGGAUCUGAGGGCUAUUUAUACAAUUAAAUCUGUCAGAAUAUUCAAUAGAGGAAUGGACGAGUGGGGAGUAGAUGCGUCAGACCGUCUGCGGAAUGUUACCGUCACUGUAGGGCUGACAGAGUCAGAUGUCAACACUCCCUGUGGUUUCUUUGCUGGUCCCGGUACUUUGUCACAGCUGGUUAUCAUCGACUGUCCGACAUUACCACAGGGAAGAUUCGUAAAGAUCUCCAUAAUCACUGAGUAUCUCACUCUUUGUGAAGUUGAAGUGUUUGGAUACUCUGUCUAAUAAUUAUUACUGAUGUCUUAACGAAACGAUUCUCUA